CAAACCUCAAUAUGCUUGCAACUCCAUUGCGCAAUCUGGCCAGCAUGAAGCUACCCACCACGGUGGUGAGGGACCAGUCGCAGCAGUACGAGAUUACCAACAAGGGCUACGGCAAGGAUGCCGUCAAAGUGAUGCACAUCAAUCGCAAGGGCCCAGUGCACAGCAUCCAGGAGUUGGAGGUGGGCACCCAUCUGAAGCUCUACAGCAACAAGGACUACAUGCAGGGCAAUAACUCGGAUGUAGUGGCCACCGAUUCGCAGAAGAAUACAGUCUACCUGCUGGCCAAGAAGCAUGGCAUCGAGAGUCCCGAGAAGUUCGCCCUGCUGCUGGCCAGCCAUUUUCUGAAAACCUAUCCACACGUGGAGCAGGCUCACGUGCAUGUCGAGGCGUAUCCAUGGCAGCGCAUGGAACAGGAGCACGGUCAAGCGAAGAACGGCGAUUCAAAGCCGAAUUGCAGACGCAAGCUACACAACCACGCCUUCAUCUUCACGCCCACGGCGAUGCAUUACUGCGAUGUGAUUCUGUCCCAAAAUGAUCCCAAGCAAACCGUCAUGAGUGGCAUCAAGGACCUGCGCGUCCUGAAGACGACCCAAUCCUCAUUUGUGAACUUUGUGGACGACGAGUUCCGCACGCUGGCAGAUCAGCACGAUCGCAUCUUCAGCACCGUCGUGGAAUGCUCCUGGGAGUACUCAGAGACGCAGUCCGUCGACUUUCUGCGCGCCUGGCAAACGGUCAAGGAUAUUGUGCUGAGGAACUUUGCCGGCGAUCCCAGCGUGGGCAUCCCCUCGCCCUCGGUCCAGCACACGCUGUAUCUCAGCGAGAAGCAGGUGCUGGACGUGCUGCCCCAAGUGUCGGUCAUCUCGAUGACCAUGCCCAACAAGCACUAUUUCAGCUUCGACACGAAACCCUUUCAAAAGCUGGUGCCAGGCGAGAACAACGAGGUCUUCAUACCGAUCGACAAGCCCCAUGGCACCAUCUAUGCUCAGCUCUCGCGCAAGGACCUCAAAAGUCAUCUGUGAAAUGUGAAUUUGACAAGAUGUUGCAUGAUAUUGCUGCGAG